AACAAAACAAGGGAACAAGAGAUGAAGGUGUCAGCCUAUUCCCAAAGCAGUCGCCCCAGGUGAACAUAAACGAUAAGAUGCACCACUUACACAUUGACAGUGACCAGACUCUGGACAAAGAAAAGGCUGAAGAGGAAACCGUAGAGUUGGCAAACCAGAUUAAGAGUGGCAAGUCCUUGGACAAAGAAGAGGCUGAGGAGGAACUAGAAGAGUUCACUAGCCAGAUGAGCACAUUCCUCUGGAUUUUACUUAUAGGUUGUAACGAGAUGCUGUAGAUAUUGCUUCAAAGGCUGGUGUCUUUUUGGUGCAUUGCAGUUUCUUCGCCAUCAAUAAGCCAACACUUAAUUAACUUAAGCUUCCCAUUUUCAACAGUUAUCCUCAGACCCUAAAGGUCAUAUCAUUUCCACAAAAGGAUAUGAUGAAGAUAAUACUGACGGUGUUGCUAUUCUGAAAGAACGGAAGACCAGUGACAAUAUUCAAGUUGAAAAGGAAGAUGUUUUCAUUGAUUUGGAGGAUGAGGCGGAGGAGAAGAUGCUCAUGUCCGAGGAAGGAAACAAGAGUAAAAGAGCCAAGGUUUCUUCGCAUAUCAACAUGCCUACUGAGAUGGUGUCAGAAACUACUGCUAAGAGCUUGGACAAAGAUGGGGCUCAAGAGGAAAAGGUAGAGCUCACCAACCAGGUUCUUGAAGAGAUCGACAUAGAUACUGUUCCACAGUUAUCACCAGUUCGAAGAGUUGGGGCUGCAACCAAGAUAUUGAAUGAGGGAGUAGAUGUGGCAAGGAAGCAUAAAGAAGCUUCAAAGACCGAUUUCCUUUUGGAUCUCUUGCUAAAUACUAUAUGGGAGAAAGGUGAAAUGCUUCAUCAGGAAGACGAGGCUUCUCAAAAAGAAACUGAUCUUAGUGAGGCUGAGACAGUGAUUCAAUAUAAAUUCUCUUAUGGUGUUGAGAAACCUGUGGCGAAGGAGAAGUCAGAUUAUGAGGAAGAAAUGGAUCAGCUGUGGGGUGAGAUGGAGAAAGAAAUGGCCCAGCUGUGGGGUGUGAUUGACUUUGCACUGAGACCUUCCGAGGGUUGUGCCUCUGCUCCUUACAGUAUGGAAGGGAGUCUGGUCACACCUUGUGAACCUGUGGUAAGCAUUUUAGAACAACAUGAGAUACGGGUAGUAUAUUUUCCUGCUACUGAAGACGAUGGUGAAGAGAUAAGAAUCCUUCCAAUGAUGGACAUUAGCGAGGCUACCCUAAAGACAGAGUGCAUGACAACUCAUAAUCUUGGCUCUGGUGUUUUAUUGAUUAACAAUGCAGGUAACAAGUCUUUCAACAACCCUUUGGGAGAAGACACAUACGAAGAUAGAGUGGCAUCACAAAUGGCAUGUAAUAAUCUACUAGGCAUCUUAAGCAACUGCCAGGAAGAUGAUCUAAGAAGCAUCAUUGGGGGUAUUAUAGAUGAAAAGAGGAACGGAAAUUUGGAAAAUGAUAAAAGGAAUAAAAAGUAAGAUAGAAAGAGAAGUAGCUAGAAUUACAUGGAAUGGUGAGAAUAGUGAUCCAAAUUUAGGAAGGGGGAAAAGGAAAAAAGUGACAAAGAAGUGGUAGUCUAAGGCUGUGUGAGGUAUAAGAUUAAUCUUUUUGCAUGUAAUAGAGGGUAGUUCGAU